CAGAUACGGAAACACCAUGUUGGCCUGAGCGCCGCAAGGGCUUGCGAGCUCGCCGACGCGGAGCUCCUCCUGCACCCCACCACCGCACCUUCGCUGUCGAUCGCUGCCGGCGCAUAUCUUCCUCCUCUACCUCGGGUCGAUCUGAGCAGGAGCAGAGCAGAUCGCUGCCCCGUCCGACCAACUCCGACCGCCGCUCGUCUAUUCCUCCCGCGAGCACCUCUCCGAGCCCAGCCGAGGCAACCCUUGCCCCCGCCAUUAGGAGCUCUGCCGCCGGCCACCUCAGAAUCAUUGAUUUCGCCUUGGUCGCCGAGGCCCUACGCUACAUCAUCAAGCUUCUACGCCGUCGGUGCCGAGAUCCACAAGCGCUCCCCCACCAGGCCCAUUCUCUGCUGCCGACUGAGCGCUGAUUCCAUCGCCGAGGCCCCCUCAAUCGCUCCUCGCUAAGCCCCUACAUCCCCUCGAGUGAGACCUACACAUCGUUGCAGCCAUCAUGGACAAGAGUUGGAUGAAAGCACCUAGGUGGUCAGUAGAGUAUGAUGAAGGCCUUCGGAACUUUAUAGAACUUGCUCUUUCCACAUUAGCGCAACAGAAUAAGAUACUUUGUCCCUGCGGGAUUUGCGGAAAUAAUUACUGGUUAGAGGCGAGAGAUAUUCGAGAUCAUUUAAUAUCUGUGGGUUUCAUGGAUGGAUAUACAUCAUGGAUUCUUCAUGGAGAAGGCACGUGGUCAUCUGUGCCAAAUGUUUCCUCGAGCUCACAAUCUGAAGAAGGGCAUGCUGAGGGUGAUGUGAUGGACCAGAUGCUAAUGGAGGGGUUUGGCAUGUAUGAUGCUGGUGCUUUAGGGGUAGAUGAGGAAUGUGAGGAUGAACUAGAUGUUGAUGCAGAAGCAUACUACAAGUUAGUCAGUGAUGGGAGUCAACAAUUGUAUCCAUGCUGCAAGAGAUUCUCGAAGCUGCAAUUUCUUGUCAGGCUCCUGCACCUGAAGAAUCUAUGGGGGAUCAGUAAUGGAUGCUUUGAUGACCUUCUAUCUUUAAUUAAGGAGGCACUUCCAGAGGGUGAGUUGUUGCCAAAGAAUUUCCAUGAGGCCAAAAAAUUCGUGAAGGCUAUUGGAAUUGGUUAUAAGUGCAUUGAUGCUUGCAUUAAUGACUGCAUAUUGUUCAGGAAAGAAUAUGCCAAUGCCAAGUUCUGUCCAGUGUGUAAAUCAAGCAGGUGGAAGAGUGUGAAAGGUGGAGUCGAUGGAAGACGUGUCCAUAGAGUACCUGCAAAGGCUGUUCACCAUUUUCCGUUGAAGAAGAGGCUCCAAAGAUUGUUCAUGUCUUCGAAGACAGCAUGUGACAUGAGGUGGCAUAGCGAAGGCCGCACAAAAGAUGGCUUGCUACAGCAUCCAGCAGAUUCUUCGGUGUGGAAGAAUUUUGAUGCUACGCACUUAGAGUUUAGUUCAGAGGUUCGCAAUGUGAGGCUUGGUUUGGCAACAGAUGGUUUCAACCCUUUUGGGAACAUGAAUGUGUCUUAUAGCAUAUGGCCUAUCAUUUUGAUUCCAUACAAUGUUCCUCCUUGGGUCUGCAUGAAGCAAUCAAAUUUUAUUCUCUCUGUUUUUAUCCCGGGUAAAAAGGGACCAGGAAAGGACAUAGAUGUCUAUAUGCAGUUAACUAUAGAUGACCUUCUUGAGUUAUGGAAUGAUGGCGUGAUGACCUAUGAUGUUUCUUCUUCUAAGAAGUUCUGCUUACGUGCUGCACUACUAUGGACAAACCUUGAGUUAAUAUUGACUGGAAAUAUGACUGCGUGUAGGGAUUUUUUUGAGAUUGAUGAGUCUUACAAACCUUGGGUUUUGAAGUCUGCAAGCAAGGAAAGACUUUAAGGUUGUUUUGAAGAGAAAGUACUUCAAUCCUAAUUUAUCCAGGAGGCAAAAUAUCAGUAAUGGUUGUGCCAAAAGGAUUCCAGCACCCCAAUGGGUGUGGUUGGUGAAUCACUGGAAAUCAGAUGAGGGACAGCUUAAAUCUGAGAAGAAUAAAGCUACUAGGGCACUACAGCUCAAUUCAAGACACACCACUGGAUCAAGAAGUAAUGCGGUUGUUUUAGAUCAACUGGAGCUGAAGGAAGGUAGACAAAUUGGGCGUGCUGAGCUCUAUGUUGCAACACAUACCAGAAAAGAUGGAAAGCCAAUUGAUGAUUACAGCAGUGACAAAAUUGAUGAAAUUAGAAGAAGAUUUGAUGAGGAUCCUUCUCUGAUUGCUGUGGAAACCCAUGAUAAUGAUUUUUUCUCGACAUUGUUCCCAAAGGAGAGGAGUGGAAGAAGGUGUGGUCUUGGGCUGUUAGCAGGUGGUGCGACCUCUGGACGCAUAUUUGAAGCUUUAGUUGAGAUGCAGGAAGUGAGAGAAGAAAACAAAAAACUUUGGAGUGCGGUACAGAUGCUAAUGUCAAACCAAGCUAAGUUGCAACAACAAUAUGAUGAACUGAAAAGUGAAGUUUCAGCUCCAGAAAGGUGCCCUUCUAUUGAAAGUAGUCCAAUAGUUAAUCUAGU